UCAGACAGUAAAGACAGAACAGGAUCAUCAGAUCUACAUUGAAGUCAACAUGAAGACUCUCAGCUUUACAGUGGGACUGCUGCUGCUGCUCACUGUUUACUGCGCUGCCAUUCCUAAUGCAGUGAAUGAAAUAGCACCUGGACCAUGCUGCUUUAAAUUCUUCAUGGGAGCGAUACCGCAGCAGGAGAUUGUCUUCAUCACCAAGACUCACAGUAGAUGUCACAAAAAGGGAUUUGUGGUCAGUGCUGCCAAUGGGAAGGAGAUCUGUGUGAAGCAGAAUGUGCGCUGGGCAAAUAUAGCUUACAAUAAACAGCUGGCCAUCAGAGCUUAAUGGUCCUCAGUGUUAAUGAGCAAACAUCUCUGACCGAUCAACUUCCAGCCAUGAUAGAACUGUGUCUGACUUCAACAAUCUGUAUUUCACAUCUUCAACAUCUUUUUCCAAAAAGCUUUGCAAUGUGACAUUUUUAUGCAGCUAUGGUUUUAUGAUUAAUCAUAUGAACCCCUUGUUUUGCUUUCUUCUUAAUCAUUUAAUUUCCCUUUUCUGUUGUUAUAUGCAAUAAUGGAAAAAAUAAAUAAA